CGCCGUUACGUCAGCACACUAGUGCCAACAUGGCGUUCACUCUGUACGCACUAAUUCAAACAGCGAUUUUAUUCACUAAUGCCAUCGCAGUUCUCCACGAAGAGAGAUUUCUUAGUAAAAUUGGCUGGGGAGCAGAACAAAGUAUCGGAGGAUUUGGAGAUGAACCAGGGAUUAAAGCACAACUUCUCAAUCUGAUUCGAUCUGUCAGGACUGUCAUGAGAGUGCCUCUAAUAGCAGUCAAUUCAGUAUGUAUCGUCUUACUAUUAUUGUUUGGAUGAAGAAUGAAUGGACCUCAGUGGAACGAAGUGAAUGUGGCAAAGGAAAAUGGACUGUUUUUUUGGUUAAUGUUUUUUUUUAUUUUUUUUUUUUACCUGUGGCUAUAUAUAUGUUGCUCUCAAAAUUGUAUUCUGAAUUACUGUAAAUCUUCUGGGAGUUUUAUAUUAAAAUAUCAGUAAGCAUUUUUUCCUUUUGUAUGUUUUGUAACUUUAAUUACUGAUAUUACAAAAGCACCUGUGUUUGUGCUAUUUUCUAGUAUGGUGUCCUAUUAUCAAGAUUCAAUGAGAACAAGUCAGACAGGUUCUCUCAUCAUUUACCCCUCACGCCAUCCCAGAUGUUUGACUUUGAUGGUCCAAAAAGCCCAUAAAGGCAGCAUAAAAGAAAUCCAUAUCUUCUGAAGUGAUAUGAUAGGUGUGGGUGAGAAACAGAUCAAUAUUUAAGUCCUUUUUUUUACUAUGAAUCUCCACUUUCAUUUUGACAUUCUUAUUUUGUUUUUGGCCAUUUGCAUUCUACGUGUAUAUCUCCAUCACCUGGGCAGGGAGAAUUUAUUUGCUUAAAUAUUGAUCUGUUUCUCACCCACACCUGUGUUCAUGCUUUAGAAGACUAAAUUACUUUUUGGAUUACUUUUAUGCUGACUUUUUGUGCUUUUUGGACCUUCUGUGUUCUGGUCACCAUUCACUUGCAUUGUAUGGACCUACAGAGCUGAAAUAUUCUUCUAAAAAUCUUCGUUUGUGAUCAGCAGAAGACAGAAAGUCAUACAUAUCUGGGAUGACAUGAAGGGGAGUAAAUGAUGACAGAAUUUUCAUUAAGAAAUGCAACCUGUUCUGUCUGAAGAAAUGAGGUUUGAAUUUUGAACAAAGAAGCCUCUGCCCUUGUGAGCCAGUCAAUGUAAAAAAGAAAAAAAAGAAUUGUUCAUUUUUCACAUUUUAAUAAAUUCAGUUUGUCUUUCCAUGUA